CAUAAAAUACACAAUAGUGGUCACACAUUAAAAGCAGUUUUGAUGACCGUGUAACAUUACAUUUAUCAAAGCCACUGCAUCAAACAGAUUCAGUAGCUAACACAUUUCAGGAAAUUAAGUUCUUGUAAAAAACAAUCCAUAAGCACAAUCAAUCAUGUCAAAUUUUCAGUCUAAUAAAACUCAACCAAAAGUUAAACAAUGAAACAAAAAGUCCAUAAAAUGCCAAAAUCCCAAAGUUAGCAAGGAACAGGACAGGAAGUCAAACAAACACAGGACACAAGAGGCCGGGAACUACAAAAUAAAACAGGCCCUCUUCAGACCCUCUUCAGUUUGCCAAAUGCUUCUUCUUCUGCCAGGGUAGGGCCAUGGCCCACCAAUGCCCCAUGCAAAUGUUGGGCCAUAAACCCCUAAUUCCCUAGCCGCAAACAAGGUAUGGGAGAAGCUGGUCCCAAUUUCUUCCAUCUUUGUCAAUGGCGUUCCUCAGCAUGGCUUUGAGAGUCUUGUUAAACCUCUCCACUAACCCAUCCAUCUGGGGGUGGUACACCGAGGUUGUCACCUGUUUUACUUGCAACAGCGAACACAACUCCUUGGUGACCCUGGACAUAAAGGGGCUCCCUUGGUCCGUAAGGAUCUCUUUUGGUAUCCCUACACGGCUGCUGAAGAGGAACAGUUCUUUGGCUAUUUGCUUAGCAUUCACCUUUCUUAAGGGGACAGCUUCCGGGUACCGGGUGGCAUAGUCUACUAUGACCAAGAUGUACUGAUGUACCAAGAUGUACUGAUGUCCCCGCUCACUCUUGGGGAGGGGACCCACAAUAUCCAUCCCCACCCAUUUGAAAAGAGUUUCUAUGAUGGGCAAAGGGAUAAGGGGGUUCCGGUACUGCUGUUUGGGGGCUGUGAUCUAGCAAUCUGGGCAAUUGCGGAAGUAGUUCUCUACCUGCUUGUGAACUCCUGGCAAAAAGAACCUUUGUAAUACUCGUUCCUUGGUUUUCUCUACCCCCAAGUGAGCUCCUAGCAAGUGGGUGUGAGCUAACUGCAGAACUGUGAAGCGAUGAGGUUGGGGAACGAGGAGUUGCUCCAUGACUGUCUCAUUAGCUUUCACUACCUGAUAUUUCACUGCAAAGUGAGGGCAUGAAGGAGUUAACCUGGUUCCCACUAAAGUUCCCUCUAGGACCUGGACAUUUCUUAAUGCAUUACCAAGGGUGGGGUCCUGUAACUGAGCUGUUCCAUACUGCCCUUUCAGUGGUGGCCGUUCCAGAGGGCCAACAUCGUCACCCCCACUUGGCCCAGGUUGAGGCUCUGGGUCCUCCGUGUCCCCCGGUGCCGACUCCGCGCCACUAGAGUCUCCUGCCAAGGCUUGGACUAUCCCUGCAUUUGGAAGGCCGGGCAGUCCCGACCUAUCAGGACGGGAACUGGAAGUGUCUUGAUUACUCCCACCUCAAGAGUAAACGUACCCUUAGUGUUUGUCAGCUUUACAACCAUGGCUCGGGGUUCAGGAAUCCUCGUUGCUGCCUAGGUGGAUUAACAAUUCUAUGGGGUGGGCCAGAGUGAGGGUUGGCUGGCGUAGGACCUUUUUGGUGAGACCCACCUGGUCUGGCGGGGACAGAAGCGAUAGGCUCUUUACGGGUAGGGCGGAACAUGUCUGAAGCUCCACUGCUUCUACUCUGAUGUCGUUGUUAAUUUUUUGUGGCAGAUUACUUUUUUAGCCUCAUAAGGCAAAGCUCUUAGAUAACGGUCCAUAACAAGAGUCUCUAUAAUGUCUGUGGGGCUGCUCUUGUCUGGUUCCAGCCACCUUUUCAUCACACAUUAAUUCAUGCAUUUGGGAACAGGGAGUUACUCCAUUUUGAAAGGUCCAGUUAUGGAACCGUUGAGCCAUGCUAAAUUUAGUCCACCCAUGGCAGCUCAGUAUCUCUCCCUUUAACUGGUCAUAGUCUUGCUCAAUACUGGCUUCUACAUCUUGAUAAGCUUUAAGUGCCUCACCCGAUAGAAAAGGCGCCAGGAGUUCAACCCACUGGGUCUUUGGCCACUCCUCCCGAAUGGCUGUAGCUUCAAACACAUGAAGGUAAGCUUCCACAUUGUCCGUCUCUCCCAGUUUCGGGAUGAAGUCAGCAGCUUUGGGUUUUGACCUGGGUAACUGUUGAAGUCCUGCUCCUUCAGUUGGUUGGCCUUUAUUUGCUGUUGCAACAAGGCUGCCCCGAUGUCUUGCUGGGCCCUCUGGCUCUCCACCAGCAUAUGCACUAGUUGCUCCAUUUGGGUUGGGUGGUCGUUUGUGUGAAGUUCUGCAAAAACUGAGUCUAAGCUUCAAUAUCUUCCAUCCUAAUCAUCAGCACUUAAGCCCCAGUGCCCACAUUCUCCACCAUCUGUAACGUCAUGAUAGGUCACUAGAGUAGGGUGGGGUGGUGCAAGGGAAACAAACAAAAACAGACAAAAUCAAAAGGUUCUCAGAAUAAAAUCACAUUUUAUUCUUAUUCGGCUAGGCCACUCAGGGAAGUCUCUUUAUCAAAAAUCAAAAACAAACAAACAAAAAGCGCCCAAGCGGAGAUAAUAGUUCGUUAAGCAGAACUAUAUUAGACAAAAACUCAAUUUAGAGUGUCCUUGGCUUUUCUCCGACACCCAGGUCUUCUUCAGUUCAAAUCCUCCUCACUCUGGUUCGGAACUUUCCUCCAUGUAGGUCUCGGCGCUCCUUCACGCCGUGUGCUCUCUCUCAUCUCCUCUCCUCCAGCAGCUCUCUUAAGUCCGGCCUCAAUCAGGUGGCCAAAACACCCACAACUGGGUGAGUGGUGCGGCCUUCUGGGAGCCGUAGUUGUUGCCCCCGGCGGCCAUCUUGUAGUGUGGCUGCUGAUCCUUAAAGGGGAACUAGCACCCAUCUACCACCUGGCCCCGUGUGAUGCCACAAUUGUUAAGUGCAGCCGUAAGAAUGCCUCAGCACCGCGUUAAUCAGAGAACAAAGAACCAUUCACCAUAAUGCUGAGAUCAGACUACAUCUUUUGAGAUGGUCACUAAGUCAAAUGAGGCGACCAUCAUGAUGUUGUGAAUUAUAUUCUUGACCCUUCCACGUGACGUGGCACAGUAAUAAUGAAAUAAUAAUAAUAAUGCAUUCUAUUUGUAACGCAUUUUUCAUUAAAAAAAUCUCAGAGUGCCACAGAGCCAGUACAUAGUAAAAAACACAGUAAAAAAACAUAGUUAAAACAAACUACUGUAUAAUAAAAGAACUAGUAAGCAUAAAAAACAGUGAAUGAACAGAAACACAAAAGAAAUAACUGACAGUGAUUUAGGUCAGAAAUGCCUUCCUGAAUAAAAAGGUUUUUAGGCCAGUACAUAUUGGGCCCAACCAAUCAGAGCUUAGACAGCACCAACGACAUCAAUCCCCUUUUCUUUUAACACAUUUGUUCACAGACAUAUUGGUCAGUGUCUCAAAACACGUUGUGGAAGUUGUCACGAGGUGAGAGAAGGCAAAACAUCUAGGGAGGGUAAAAACAGCAAUCAUUGUUGUUCCUAACACCACAAACAUGAUUUGCUGAGCUGAUAUCUGUAGUGUUGACUCUAUGGUUUUACAUGUAUGUCAAGCUUAACAUGUAGAUGACCUCCCAAAACAAAAAACCAACUUCAGAGUUCCAUCAGAAAAGCCGACCUCAUCUCAAAUGGGUAUGCUACAUUCCUAUGCAACUAUUUAGCAUUAGCACAAUUCUGUCACAUGAAUUGUUUCAAACACAAUACUGAUACGUGUUUUUCAGACUGUUUUUCAAUAUCUGUGCAUAGCAACUUCAGAGAAAGAUGCAGGUCAUGAUUGUAUGACAAACCAGCACACACCUCAAACUAGGACUCUAGCCUCAGGUUUGGACGUGUUAGAUUACACUCGUUACACGCAUACAGUGUCUUUUCAAAAUAACUUUUCAAUGUGACUUAGUUAUUAGGUUUUUAGGUUUAGGCAAGAAAACUACUUGUUUGUAGUUUAAGAUUGUGGUUUGGGUUAAAAUAGCUGUGCUUGUUACAAAACCAGUGUCAGUUAAGCAUGUGAGUAACUUAACAAAAGUGAGGCCAAAUAAGUCAAUCUUAACCUUUGGGUGAAAGGGUUAUGUUUGUUUGACCUAACCUACUUGUGUGGGUUAAUAAAAAGAUCAUUGUUUGGGUUCAAAUUAACUUUCCGUCAGAAGGCGCUGAAGCUAAACUCACACAUGCACAUCAUUUGAGGGGACUGAAUUAUGUUUGUGUGUGUAAAGGAUUUCAGCAGAGGUUUAUUGAUCUUCUGUGUGCCGUCUGAGAGGCAUCACUGGCUCAUUGAGCAAAGGGUGUCCAGGUCCCAGCUGACUGCAGUGUUAAACUGUACUUACACUCUGCUCCUGUGGGAGGACAUUUUGCCGAUGCACAGUGUUUCCUGCAGCCGUGCCUAUAACCAAAAUGUCAUAUUGACUGGACUUUUCUGUGAGCCAACACAUAAAAAGAGAGGUAGGGAUUUAAAGGGGAGAGGGAGACUUUCCUACGUAUUGGUUUCCUCCCCCUCUCUACUCCCUCAGUGUCCAGUGGAGCAGCUCAGUGACCAUGAGCCCACUGACGAUGUCUCACCUCUCUUUGCAUGUUGGACCUCAGUCACUCUGACAGAGCUGCAUCUUCAGCCUGCACUAACUCUGACUGCACAUUGGAUUUGGUUCUAUAAACAUUUGUACCACAAAAACAGGAAACCAGUGAAAAACACUUUCUAUAUUUUAUACAUUUAGCUGAUAAGAGUGACAUCAAGAAUCCUUCCCAAAUCAGAAGAUUUAACCUGUUGCCACUCUACUAUAAACCCUGGAAAGAACUCAACAGUUGAGGUAACGCGUCUAACUGUUCCGGUGUUGCAUCGUGCUCGUAGCACUUCAGCUCAUCAGCUUCUCCAUUUCUUCCAGAUUGCUGGUGUCAAUCUUCGUGAUGCUCGACACAAAAUGGAAUGCAUUUUGAGCAAAAGUUGCAUUUGCUUUGAUAGUUUUUUAUUGGAUUAAAUCCAAAGUGGCAGAAACAGAGAUUACUUCGCUGGGAGGAGGGUGUGCGGCAGCUCUGGAAGACACACCUUCAGUUAGCGAUUAGCUGUAGCAACUUGAAUCCAGCCAGUCCAAACCCCAGUGCUAGGGGUCUGAUCCCCGGGGUCCGCCACGACUCCCCGCCGGAUCAGCAAACUUUCUGUUACACAGCUUAUAGCCAUUGGAAGCACCAGGGCUAGCUGGUUAGCAUGCUCAUGUCAGUAGAGAUCUCUGUCUUUGACAGAACGUCAACAAUGUAACCUCUUGACAUUCUGCUGAUCGAGUUGGUUCAUUUAUUGAAUGUUUUAAACUAAAAUUCUGGUCACAUCUUAUUCAUUGCCCCUUUUAAAAUCCAUGCUUGGUUGGCUGUUGAGUUCUGGUAUCUUACAAUGGGCAUAUCAUUUCUGACCAUUCAGUCACCAUUCAUUCUAACAAUUCAUCUCCUAAUCAUGUCCAUGACACAUCUUUUCCUCUCUGCCAUGUUGCAGGCAUUCGGCCAGGCCUACUCCACCCAGCGUAAGGUGGCAGAAGAUGGGGAGACCAACGAGGAGACGCUGCUGCAGGAGUCUGCCACCAAGGAGGCCUACUACAUGGGCCGUCUCCUGGAGCUCCAGUCGGCGCUGAAGCACAGCCGAGCCACUGCCUCCAACGCCCAGGCUGACAGCGAACACCUGAGCACCCUGCUGCAGGAGCUGAGGGAGAGCAAUGAGAUGUUGGAGUUGCAGCGCAGCCGGAUGCGAGAGGAGAUCAGGGAGUACAAGUUCCGAGAGUCUCGGCUGCUUCAGGACUACACCGAGCUGGAGGAGGAGAACAUCUCUCUGCAAAAACUGGUGUCGACUCUCAAACAGAAUCAGGUGGAGUAUGAAGGUCUCAAGCAUGAGAUCAAGGUCCUGGAGGAGGAGACAGAGCUCCUCAACAGCCAGUUACAGGACGCGCUGCGUUUGAAGGACAUCUCAGAUGCCCAGCUGGAGGAGUCGCUGGAGUCUCUGAAGAGCGAGCGUGAGCAGAAGAACCACCUGCGCAGGGAGCUGGUCCACCACCUCAGCAUGUGUGAUGUGGCCUACACUGGCAGUGCCCACCUGACCUUCACCUCUGCUCCGCCAAGUGGCACCGCCACACCAACCACUCUGCUCUCCCCAAACGCAGAAGAGUCAACAAGGCUUAACGGCCACCAGGUUGGGAUUGGAGCAGGGACACCUGCAGGGUCGGUAACCAGAGCUAAUGGAGAGUGCCGAGGCCCGGGUCGGAAAGCCGAGGGGGCGGUGCCAUCUGAUCUCUUCAAUGAGAUGAAUCUGACAGAGAUCCAGAAGCUCAAGCAGCAGCUGAUAACUGUUGAACGUGAUAAAGUUUCACUGAUGACCAGUCUGCAAGAGUCCCAGACUCAGCUCCAACACACCCAGGGGGCUCUGAACGAGCAGUACGAGAAGGCCCUCCGUCUUAGCCAGAGAAUGACUGCCCUCCGCCACCUGCAUCGAAGGGCACACCUAAACCAGGACGCCCACGACAGUGCCAUCUCUCAGCUCAACCCUGAGGCCCUGAUGGAGCUGGACAGAUAUGAGGAGGAAGCUGAAGAGGAAGGAGGAACUGAGGAGGAUAGGAGUGAGACACUGAACAAAAGUCAGUUAUUUUCAUACCAGACCCCUGGUCUGGAGAUCCUACAGUGCAAGUACCGUGUUGCUGUGACAGAGGUGGUGGAGCUCAAGGCGGAAGUGAAAGCCCUGCGUGACAGACUCACUCAGUGUGUAGAGGGAGCAGCCGAGGAGAAGCCAAGGCAAAGCGGUCAGCUCCAGAAGCUGGAGAGGCAGGUCGCCUCAUUGCAGAAGAGCUGCCGGGAGGGACGGGAGAAGACGUCUAGCCUGGAGUUGGAGUUACAGGCAGCCCUGUCAGCAGCCAAUGAGAGCCAGGGUGUGUUGAACUCAGCUCAGGACGAGCUGGUGACGCUCAGCGAGGAGCUUGCCCAGCUCUACCACCACGUCUGUCUGUGCAACAAUGAGACACCCAACCGCGUCAUGCUGGACUACUACAGAAAAGGUAGAGGGCUCCGGGGCCUCAGUGCCAGUCUCAAAGCCAUGUCUUCUGACAACAGCAAAGUUCUCCUCACACCACGCCUUGCCAGGCGGCUGGCCGCCGUUGCUUCGACAACCUUAAGUCCUGGGGGAUCGCGGAGCCCCUCGCAUUCUCCGUCCAAGGAGCCCUUAUCUGGGGAGGGAAGGGGAGAGGAGAAGGUGGGGGACAAGGAGGGCCUCCAGGUGCCAUCUGAGCAGAGCCUGCCGCCCUGUACACCUCCAACCCGCUCACCCAGCAUUAGUGCCUCUUCAUCAUCGUCAUCAUCGUCAUCGCCUGCCCUGGAGCCAGCUGGUGAGCUGCGCAGGGAGCCCAUGAAUGUCUACAACCUCAAUGCCAUCAUCAGAGAACAGGUAAAGCACCUUCAACGGGCAGUAGACAGGUCUCUGCAGCUGUCUAGACAGAGAGCUGCAGCCAGGGAACUGGCCCCUCUGCUGGACAAGGACAAGGAGAGCUGCAUGGAGGAGAUCCUGAAGCUCAAGUCUCUGCUCAGCACCAAGAGAGAACAGAUAGCCACCCUCAGACUGGUACUCAGGGCUAACAAACAGACGGCAGAGGGGGCCCUGGCCAACCUGAAGAGUAAGUAUGAAGCGGAGAAGUCCAUGGUGACUGACACCAUGAUGAAGCUCAGGAACGAGCUGAAAGCCCUGAAGGAGGAUGCCGCCACUUUCUCCUCUCUGCGGGCCAUGUUUGCCACCAGGUGUGACGAGUACGUUACCCAGCUGGAUGAAAUGCAGAGGCAGCUGGCUGCGGCCGAAGACGAGAAGAAGACUCUGAACUCCCUCCUUCGGAUGGCCAUCCAGCAGAAACUGGCCCUCACCCAGCGGCUGGAGGAUUUGGCUUUCGAUCAAGAGCAGACCCACCGCACCCGUGGGGGCAGGCUGAACCGCGUGAAGACCAGCACCCCCAAAGUAAGUCCCCCGGCCUUGGCUUCGGCCUCCAACACAGCCCAAGGCUCCACUUCAGCUUUGGCCCCUGUCAGCCUCCCCCUUUCAGGCCUUGCUAGUCCUAUGUCAAUUCUUCCUGAUGAUCCCACUGUGCCCCUUAGCCCAUCUGUGGUCAGUGCAGCUUUGGCCUCAGCUCUCACCUCCCAUACGUCACACAUACCUCCUCGCAGUUCGUCAUCUGCAGCUGUCCCUGCAUUUGAUGGCCCUCCGGCACCAGACGGCCCGCCGUGUCUGGAGGCCCCCUCCUCUGCCUCAGAGCGGACCCCGCCCUCAACCCCUCUGAAGCUGGCUCACUCCCAGUGGACCCUAGGGGUGCGGACGUUUGUGGUUGACUCCCACAGUUUCAGUGUCAAUAUGUCCCCCGCUCUGCCCCGUAGUUCGGGCCCCUCCAGGCACUACUCCCCAGACUCUCAUACCUCUCCCCCAUCCACCACCACAAGACCCACCCAACCAGGAUCUGCCCCCUCCUCUCCCUACCGGUCCCCUAUUCUGGGGCUCAGGCGCUCCACAUGGAGCCCUUCACCCCGAACUCGGCCCUUGUCCAGCCUGACGCGUUCUUCUGUCCUCUACACUCCUUCCUCACCCUCCCCUUACUCCUCCUCCCACAGCUAUUCCUCUGCCUAUCACAGCUCCUCUCCUGCUUUUACCCCCUCUAGCUCCUACCUCACAUCUGGCACCUCCUCCUCCUACAGCCACUCUACCAGCUACACGCCCCUCUACCCCAGAAACUACAGUUUUUACAGGCCCCGGCACUGACCCCAUACUAUAAACCCUUUACUAUAAGGCUUUUGAAGGCCUUUCCACCAGGCUCCUUAUUGACAUUAAAACUGCAACUUUUCGGGGCUCACAGAGAGGAGGACAGAGUGGUUUCCUGUGCCUAAGCUUUGGCCAAUGGGUUCUGAAUGUUCAGUGACUUUGCUCAGGGAUUUGACAAAAGGAGCACAAGUGGCCCCACCUUCCUUCUAUUCUGAGACUGCUGAUUGGUCCACAGGAGGACGUGAAUAGAGACUUUUAAAUGAGAGUUUUUAGCAUUUAGGUUCUUCAGGUUGAGACCACACAUGCAUGAAGUGAUUAAAACAGACAUUCAGACAUUGACUAGACAUUUAGUGCACACUUUCAUAGGUAUGAAUGAGGGGAAUAUGACACAUUAAAUACCGUCCUCUAUAUUCAAUAUAAUAUCCACUCUGAAGUGAUUCUGUAUUCACAAACACUGUAAACCACAUGUCUUUCAGUGCAAGCAUUGUCCUCUGUUGAUUAGCUACUUGAUGCCUUGAUGGCUUUAUUUCUUGUCCAGGGUUGUUGCCAUCAUCAACUCAACAUGCUGUCCAUCUCUAGCACCACCCAGUGUUUUAUUUCUUGUAUAGCCUUGUACCUAGCUAUACAUGAUCACGUUUGGAUGCUCUUCUACUGUGGACUCCCUGCCCCUUCCAUAUGUAAAAUUGAUUUGAUAGAGGGUGCAUGCUGUACAGAAGGUUGUGGCAGGGAAGAAUUUACGAGAAGGAGAGCACUCAAACAUGGCAUAUGACUGAAUACCAUAAUCUAGUACAAGGUACCAUUGUGACUCUCAGAAUUAAUUUUGAGUUAGCUGUGAUGAUUUGUCUCUAUAGUCUGAAGUCUCUUUCUCCUCAUUUCUUAUCUGAACUUGCUUUAAAGCUUGGGAUGGUAAUCUUGAGAAACUAGAAGAGCACACUAGAUUUAAAAAAUGAUCCAACCUAAAAACCCCGCCCAGUGUUGCCAUUUCUUUCCAAUGACCGUAUGUAGGAGCACUCGUUCCAAAAGUUGAUAAAUCUAGUGAAGAAGUCUCCAAGUCUUCAACACUGACAGGCCUCCCUCCAAAGUCACUCCCUAAAUUGAUCAUUAGAAACAACCAACAUGGCUACAGUUAGCAGCUGGAAGACUCAGGUGAGGAACUAUGAGUCCAUGGACAGAUUAAUGGCAGGAAGGUAGCCCGUCCCAUCAUUACAUUUCGGCCAAAUUAAAUGAUUGGACGGGUUUAUUACAGUCCUGCGAGAGCCAGAAAUACUGGAUUAUUUCUGUUUUUGUCAGAAUAUU